AUGCUGCUCAGCUCCCCGCAGAGCGGUGGCGGCGACUCCUGCGAGCGCCGGCGCGACCACACCGGCGACCUUCGGCAGGUCCGCUCCUGCUUCUUCCUGACUUCCCCGUCUAUUAACCGCUAUAAGCCUUCCGCUCCUUCUCACCAUUUUCCUGGCCCGCAGCGACCCCCUUUGUUAACAGGAAUGACUCCGAGGGAAAGGGCAAAGGUGGAUGGUGCGCCGUCGCCGCCGGAUGCUGAUGGCGAUCGCAUCAGCGCGCUCCCGGACGACGCCCUCCAUCACGUCCUCUCGUUCCUCCCGGCGGAGGACGUCAUGCCGUGCGGACAUGCCUGCUCGCCCGGCGCUGGCGCCAUCUCUGGAAUUUUGGGUAGCACACCAUCAUUAAAAGAGGCAUUUGCCAGAGAUCAUAUUUGGGAUUGUGGAAAUGAUGAUUGUUUCUCUUUUAAUGGUGUCAUACCUGACGAAUCCAACUACAAGAACAAAUGUUUUCUUCUGCAAGGAUUGUCGGAAGCUGAGAAUUUGGCAUUGAUGUGUGACUACAAUGGGGUUGUUUUCCACAGGGAUUUGUUGUGGUGCCCAACUUUUAACAACUUGAGGACUCUAUUGCUGAAUGAAUGGUGGUGCUUGGAUCCUGACUUCUAUGGGCUAAAUCUCAUUCUCAAGCACUCACCGGUUCUGGAGAAGCUCAACCUUCAUCUUUUUGCUAAGGGACCUCAACAUAAAGUGGAAAUGAUAGGCAGGUACAAUCAAAUGGAGAGAUCAGCUACUAUAUUAAAACACCUGAAGGAAAUUGAAGUCAAAUGUGAUGUGGUUAACGAGCAACUUCACAAAGUUUUGAAGUUUCUGGGUACAUUUGGCAUACUGGAGCUGAGGAUGGUGAGGAAGAACCAGGAGCUGAGUCCUGGACAUGGAGAUGAGGGGUGA